AUGACAUUGACGGAAGCGGCCAAGAAGAUUUGUGCAUCGCAGGGAUGCGACAAGGCGGUAACGUCGAACUUGGCUUGCCCCAAGUGUUCCCAGCUGGGGUUGUCUCCUGCCUAUUUCUGCAGUCAGGACUGUUUCAAGUCCAACUAUUCCGCCCAUAAGCAGGUACACAGUUUGGCCAAGCAAAUCAUUGCCGCUCAAGGCACACAACACCGCAAGACACCUCCUCGCGAUGGGGUAUCCUGUGGUUUGGAUGCUCCCGAGGACGAAAAACUCUGUCUGCCCGAAUGGGCCAAGAAUUUUAGUUUUUCGGGACCCCUCCGUCCCUGCCUCUACUCUCCCCAACGUCAAGUUCCCGCGUCCAUUCGUCGACCCGACUAUGCCAAUGAUCCCGCCGGGGUUUCCUACAGCGAACAACGCGACAAGACAUCCCACAACAAUAUUCGAAUUUACACCUCCAAAGAGUUGGAUGGAGAGACCGGACUUCGUCAUGCCUGUCGGAUGGGACGAGAAGUACUGGAUGUGGCCGGAAAGGCGCUGCGACCGGGAGUCACCACGGAUGAAAUUGAUCGGAUCGUUCAUGAAGCUUGUGUCGAACGAGAUUGCUACCCGUCGCCGUUGAAUUAUUACAAUUUUCCUCGUUCCGUCUGCACAUCCGUCAAUGAAGUUAUUUGUCACGGAAUCCCAGAUUACCGAGAAAUUCAAGAUGGUGAUAUUGUGAAUUUAGACGUGACAACCUACAAUCGGGGUGGAUACCAUGGUGACUUGAACGAAACUUUCUGCGUCGGAAAUGUGGACGACGAAGGACGCAAACUAGUCGAAACUUCCUUCAAUUGUCUCGGAGCUGCGUUGGCACUCAUCAAACCAGGGACGCUCUAUCGUGAUUUGGGGACUGCCAUUCACAAGGUGGCACAAUCCAGCAAGUGCAGUGUGGUCCGUACGUAUUGUGGACACGGCAUUGGAAGUCUAUUUCACACCAUCCCCAAUGUACCGCACUAUCACAAAAACAAAGCCAAGGGAGUCAUCAAGGCUGGACAUGUCUUUACCGUAGAACCAAUGAUCAAUUUGGGCAACCCCGGGGAUUUCACCUGGGGUGACAACUGGACCGCAUCGACGACCGAUGGAAAACGCAGUGCCCAAUUCGAACACACCAUUCUAGUCACGGAGGAUGGAUACGAUAUUCUGACUGCGAGAGAAAAUGAGCCCGUCAUGACUUGGAAUCCCGAUCUGAUCAACCGCUAAACUCUGUCAAUCAGAAGACGAUCAUGGGUUGCCAGCAAAAGACUGGAAAGGAUGUAAUUUGGUUUCCGCGUCCAAGUUAUCUAGACUUAAAAUUAGCUAGCAACUCGCUUGACAAGCAAUCCCAAUACGCAUCGCACAGACUUACUACUUAGUCCAUCCGCUUCACACUAGCUGAUUAGACAUUCAUGGAUGGGACUGGCCG